UUUACUAUCGAUAAACCGCCGGCUCGGAGUAUGUUGAUUAAAUAGAGCACACGAAGGAAAUAAACAAAUUAAUUAAAAAUGGACUUGAAUACAUUAUUGCAACGCGCUCAAAAUCUCGCGAAUGGUGGGGAGGCAGAUUGCGAACUGCCACGAGUGGAGCGCACUUUGCAACAGGUGCUCCAAGCUGCGGAGGAGUUCCACACUCGUGUGACCCAAACCGGCGGGAAAGAUAUUCAGGCGCACAUACUUUUGGGAUCCAAGGGCAUUAACCUUCCCAAAUUAAAUCAAAAAUUGGAAGCCCUAAAUGCAAGAAAAACCUUCGAGCCAUUGGAUGUGACGAGGGCAGAGACUGAUAUAUCCACAUUUCUAAAGAAUGAACGUGAGAAUGCCAUAACAUCGGUUAUAGAGGACACCAAUAAAAAUAUUAACGAUUCGGUGACAAAACAGAAAUGGACCCACUUGAUGAGCUCCUGGAAUGAGGAGAAGACUCGUCUUUUGGACGCUCUAAUAGGUUCAUCACAGAAUUUCAUAGACCUGCAACGACUCCCCCAGCACACAGUAGUGAAUCCCGAGAGUAAGCCGCGUUCUUGCUUGAAUCAGAUGGAACUGCUGUAUGCCCAGGAACUACGGCAAUACAAUGAAUUGAUAAUCAAUCAAAGUCCUCAGAGACCAAACUUAGUGCAGAAAUUCGCAGAAUUGGUUCAAUCAUUUGGCGAUAUUCGUCUAAGUGAUAUGUGGAACCUGUUGACCUGGGUCACUCAGGUUGAUCAACCUUUUAAUGGAGAUCCCAUUAAGACACGCCAACAGCGACCUGAAUUCGUUUUGAAUGCCAAAUCUUAUUUGGAAAGACGCUACAGACUAUAUUUGACUUCCAUAUUGAUGACACCCACCGAUGUGGACAGCUAUCAACUGGUUUUGGCCUAUGUGACUCGUCGAUUUGGUCCGCAUCAGUCAACCAUAGGACUAGUUGAUGUGGCUGGUGGGGGUAAACCCCUUUGGCCUUUGGUCUACUACAGUUUACGUUGCGGAUCCGUGGAGACGGCACUUGAAUUUCUUCGUGAGGCGGGUACAACCUAUGAGGACUUCUCUCUUCUCAUUUCGGAUCGUGUAAACUCCCGCAUCGAGAGCCAACUAAAGCUGCAGUAUGCCAAUAAGAUACGGAAUUCCACAGAUGCCUAUAAGAAGGCCGUUUAUUGCAUUUUCUUGGGAUGUGAUCCACAUGAAGUGCAUGGCGAAGUAGCCAAAUCUAUUGAUGAUUUCCUAUGGAUCAAGUUAUCAAUGCUCAGGCCUGGUACACCGGAAUUAGCCUCCGGCUUUAGCAAUCUACAGAGUUUAAUACUGGAGAAAUAUGGAGAGAAGUACUUCAAUGCCUCUCAACAGGCUCACUUGUAUUUCCAGACAUUGGCUCUGACUGGUCAAUUUGAGGCUGCCAUUGAGUUUUUAUCACGCUCCGAUGAGAAUCGUGUUCAUGCCGUUCAUAUGGCCAUAGCAUUACGAGAAUUAGGAUUUCUUGGCGGUGUUCGGAGUGUUAAUCAGCCAUUGCUAAGCAUCGAUAUUUGCGAUCCACAGCCCUUGCGGCGUCUAAACUUGUCUCGUCUUAUCCGUUUAUACGUUGGCCGUUUCAAGCACACAGAUACCGUAGAGGCAUUGCAUUACUUCUACACUUUACGCUGCCUGCGUGACCCCAAAGGCCGAAACAUGUUUCUUACCUGUGUCUGCGAUCUGAUUGUAGAAAGUGGAGUCCUGGAUACGAACAUUUUCGAAUUGAUCUUUGGUCGGAGAGAAAAUGAGGAGCAACAACAACCGAACGGCUUACAUAUUGAGACCAAACAGGGUUUAUUCCGUCAGUUUCAUUGUCCCGAGUUUGAUACUGGCACAAUGGCCGGUUUGGUCGCCGAUGAGUUGGUGGAGCGUGGAAGUUUUGAAAUGGCUGUGCCACUCUAUGACAUGGCUGGCAAACAUAAUUUAGCUUUGAAACACCUCUCCAUACUGCUGGCCCAGGUGGUACAUCAGCCCCCACUGGUGGCCACUUUACGUUCACGUCUCAGCCUUGAAGCUAAACGUUUCACCCAUCUCUUGGAAACUCAACAUAUCGAGCUUGAUCCCAAAGUUGAAUCUAAUUUUGUGCUACUGCAAGAUUUGUUGAAGUUCUUUGACAAUUACCAUGAGGGCAAGUUCGUGAUGGCUCUGCAACAGCUUUGGCGGACUAAUCUUAUACCCAGAGAAGAGGAAGAGGUGGAUGGUUGUUUGGCUCACAUUAAACGUUUAAGCGGUGAAGUUAUAAAGGUUUUGCCUGAUGUCAUGAUAGCUGCCAUGGACAUCACUCAGAAGCAGUACAAACAAUUGAAGGCGGACGCAGGCCAAAGGACAUUUGAAUUGCGACAGUUAAGGGAAAGAGCCAAACUAUUGGCCAAUAUGACGGCUAUAAUGCCCUAUCGUAUGCCCAAUGAUACCAAUCGCAGACUCCUGCAACUAGAAAUGAUGAUGAAUUAACCGAAAUACGCGAAAUAAAUUAAAUUAUGAUAGUUUUUAAAAGAAGAA